GAGGACACGAAGGAUAAAAGAGCGAUAAGGGAAUAGCCGAUAAGAGCUCCACCCAGUCUUAGAAAACAUGUAACUGACGUAGUAGCGGAUCGAAAUAGUUAACCUUUUUUUUAUUUUCCACUCCGAACACAAACACCCCCGCCUGCGCCCACAAGGAGCAACCGUCGCAAGAUGGACCACAACGAAAUCUCCAUGAGCAUGGACGUGAAGCUGGAUACACACGACAAGCGCCCAGUGGCACUGCGCUACAAGACGUGGACGCGCUGCCAGGUGAAAAUCGAGGCCAUUAAGUGCGUCCCCUGCUUUCUGCGGCUUAGUUUCCAGUCUCAAGAGACGGAGGCCCAAGACUCGCCUCCGGCCAAGCCCAUUAGCGUGUCAGUGAACGUUCCGGGCGUCAGUCUUAGUUUGGCCACCUCGCGCACCAAACAGUACUCUUAUGGGCUCUUUUGGACACAAAACCGCCGAGACUGCUUUAUAUACUUUGCUCUCGAGACGGAGACCUCUUGUCGGCGGCAUAUGAAGUGGAUGCGGAAGUCGAUCAAGAACCUGGAGCUUUACCGCCAGGUCUUUCUUGAGCAGCGCCGCCUCAGCAGGGGUCCUGGAGCUCUGGGUCCGCUGCCGAAUCUACCAGAGACCCUGGAUGCAAGUAAUCUCUCGCCUCGCGUCUCCCAGAUCUACGAGGAAAUCUUUGACGGUAGCCGCAUCUCCCGCGUCUCUAUCGCCUCAGGCAUCUACGAGGAGAUGAAGCCAUCGGUUAUGGAGAUCCCUUCACCGCCGCCUCUGCCUGCAAAUCCCCAUCGCCAGCGCAUCAAUACCUUUGAGUGCGCCCAACUUGGCGAUAUUCCGCGGUCUAACACCAAUCCCGAGUCGGAGCUGGCCCAGAAGAAGAAAUACAAGAGUAUGCUGGAUAGCUUAUUCGGAGGGGCACGUCAAAAGCGGGCCGGCAGCAUUAGUGAGCUGGUCCACGAAAACAACGAGGAGACAGUGCCGCUCUACGAGAACGCUCCAACCCCGGAGCCAGUGCUUCCAUUGAAGCGCACAUCGCAGAUCAACAAGUCCCAGCGCAACAGCUUCUCGAGUCCAGACCUUUCCAAACUCAAUUUCCUGGACACCUUCGGCGAGUAUCUCGGGGUGCAAAACCACGAGUCGAGCCUGGAGCUGAACAUAAGUCUUGAUGAGUCGGCCAUUGAACCGAUUUCGCGGAAAGACAUUGUGGAGCAAAUCACAAGCCAACUAAUCAAAGCCGAUUCCCUAGAGAGCCUGAACGUUUCCGAGCAACUGCCGCACAACUUCAACUUUUCCGCAUGCAACACCUCUACCAUCAAUCUCAUCGGAUCCCACGGAGCUGUUCCGCCGAGUAAUCUGGUGAAAAAAAACAAGAUUCUGGAGGACGACCUAACCGGGUACUGUGUGAUGGCGCCCAUAUUAAAGGCUGCGGUAAAGGAACUGCCACCGCAGCCGGGCGGCAGCACGGUCUCCACUUCGUCCGGCUAUUCCACGGGCUCCUACUGCUCCUCCACCAGCAGUUGCAAUACCGAGGACCAGCCCACCAAGACGCAGGUGGCCAACGAGAGCGACAUUUACAUAGCUAUGCAUGGCAGCUCGUUCAACAGUACCGUGGGAGCUGCUGCAGCAGGAUUUGCGGAGCAUCUCUACGAGAACUUGUUGGCUGUCAAGGCUGCUCAAGAGCUGGAGGCGCAGCCGCUCGGCUUCGGACUAAGCACGAGCACACCCACCGAAUCCCCACUGGCGCCAGCUUUGCCGCAGAAGGGAACGCCCAAGGAGAAGAUAUGCGAGCAGAAGCCAGAGGAGGAGGACUACUACCAGACACCGAGGAAGUCGAUCAUCAGUGUGGACGACAAGAUACCCUCCUACUAUCCCAACAGCUGCGACACCCUCAAGUCGAAGCGACGCAGUCCCACCGAGCAUGGACCGAGUCUCAGGCACUUGGUUAGUUCUAAGAUGCGGCGGGAGCGGAAGGAGAACCUCUACAUUUCAUCGCCCCAGCAGAUAAUCGAACAGCGCCACAAGGCGGCCUCCAUUUCAUCAUCAUCAGUAAAGACUAAGAUUACAACCAAGAAGACUGCCGCCCACAAGAUCUCCGAGAGCGUUUAUGCCGUCACCCAUCCAGUGAAGCGCCCGAACAGCACAAAUAGCAACAAUUCCCACCAAAGCAACAACAAUAAUAACAAUGAAGGCGUGGAUGACGAGCUUCUGCACCUGACUAUGCUAAAGAAAAUUGAUUUUAAGUUCGACGACGGACAACUGGCCGAGGACUGUGGCCAGGCGAAAGCUGCGCCUGUUGUGCCCGCAACCGGAUCCCUUGCACAGCCAAUGAUGGACAGGGAGUACGAGGAUCGCUUUCAGGCGGCCGAGCAGGCCACGCGCCUUCUGCAAAAGUACGCCACGCUAGCCAAAUUCGGGCAUUCGCCGAGCAAGUCCAAACCGGCGUCAGCUCAUCCUGAGCCCGUGAUGCAGUCUGUGGCUACGUCCAACGAACUGCAGCCGCAGGGAGGCAGUAUGAAGAAGUUUGCAUCAUUGCCGCGCUUUAAGAAAAUUGACUUCUCCCCGCUGAAGAUAAGAUUAAACAACGUCCUGCAGCGGAACCCUCCCUCGCCGCAGCAGUAGCCGCUUUUUCUUCAAUUUUCGCAUGAAUGUUGAAACCUUCGCUGUGGAAACACAAAGCUUUUUAUGUCUUUUGCUUAUUUUUGUUGUAGGUUCUUGUGAAUGUGAUCUGCCCACCAAUUUUGUGUUAGUUGGACAAUGUCAUCGGCUUAUUAUUAUGUUAUCCGAGUAUGUAAUACGCUUUCCCAAAAUCCAUUUAGUCUUAAGCCUUAUACUUAGUUUAAACUUGCUUUGUCAGAGUUCUCUAACGAAUCAUAUCCGGCUCCAUUUGGGGAGCCCCCUAGUAUUACUUUUGUGAACUAACAAUGUGUGUCUAAGAUUUAUACAUAUGAAUAUGCUCAAUUAUGAAAAUUUACAAAAACGCUUUUAUACGAAUUAAAUGAAUAUUGUUGACUCA